GAAUACAAACAAGGCCAGUCUACGUUUACUUAUCGUAUUCGAUACAGUGACAAUAGCUUGUGGCUUGUGCGAUAUUUUUUUAAUAUUCACCAGUGUAAGAACAUGACGCAGGUACAAAAAGAUUGGCAAUUGAAAUGUGCAGUGAUCAAAGACCGCAGUGGACAAAUUUUGGAGACUGGGACGUGGGCUGACUGCAAAUUCCUUGUAGGACAAAGUAUGGAGCAAAAACAUUUCAAUGCUCAUAAAUUGAUAUUGGCUAUGGCUUCCCCGGUGUUUGAAACGAUGUUUUAUGGUGUAUUAGACGAAAAAGAUGUUAUUCUUAUUCCUGAUAGCACUCCAGAUUCGUUUGAAGCUAUGUUAGAGUAUAUUUAUACAGAUAAAAUAAUAAUAAACAGUUUCGAUGAUGCUUCGGCACUAUACUACAAUGCAAAUAAGUAUAUGUUGCCAUAUUUAAUUGAAGGCUGCGUUAAAUAUUUAACGAGCACUCUGAAAACGGACAACGUGUGCCAAACUUAUGAGUUUGCGAAAAUGUUCGAUGAACACGAACUGAUGGAUACAUGCUUACAGUUGAUACAACGCCAAACUUCUGAAGUCUUGCACAGUACAAGUUUUAUAGAUGCGAAUCUUUCCACAGUCCAGUAUAUUUUCAGCCUCAUACCAUUAAACAUCGACAACGAGCUAGAACUGUUCAAAGCUGCUGAACGCUAUGCUAAAAAAAAUGGUGUAACAUAUUCUGACCAUUGUGACGAAAGUUUAGGUCAAGAUAACGAAGAAAAUUCCCUACAAUGUGUAAAGGAUAAUGAAGAAAGUACGCCACCACAAAGCCAAUUUAAUAAAGAUAUUAAAUUACAAGAUACAAAAAAUGAGAACGAAAAUGAGAAACAUGAUGCAGAAGAGGUAAUUUUUCGAAGUUUACUAGGUAAUAUUCAACUUUUAACUCUUACACCACAACAAUUUGCCGAAGAGGUUGCCCAGUCGCCAUUUAUAACACGAGAUGAAGUAUUUGCAAUUCUUAUGAACAUAGCUUCGACUAAUACUGACAUAUCAAUACCGGAAGGCUUCAAUGAAUCGAGGAAACAAAGGUACAAAGUAGUUGCCGAUCCUGCAAACAAUCAAGAUCUCGGAUUAGACAAAAGCAAAGCUCGCUCUCAGACGGUCUUCAGAUUUAUAAUACCAGACUUCCGAAAGUCAAAACAUAUUUCCAUCCCAUUCGUAGUUCGAAAUUUGUCUUGGAGAAUCGCCAUCAACCCCAGACCAGAAGUCAAACUGGAUCAAGAAUGCUUGGCCAUAUUUUUGUAUUGUGACCAUGUGAACAAGGCUGCCACGUGGUCUUGUUCAGCACGAGCCGAAAUAAGUAUAAUAUCAAAUAAAUCCAACGCUGUUCACCUUUUGAAGAAAAUUGAACAUACUUUUUCGAGCACGGACAAAAAUCGUGGUUCAGGCAUAUUGAUGGAGAAGAUUCUUGACCCAAAAAAUGGUUACAUUAGAAAUGACUCAAUCACAAUUGAAGUGAACUUAGCGGCUUGCGAACCAAGUGGAAUUUAAGUUAUAAAUUUUGUCAAGAAUACGUCCAGUAGUUCAACAGUGAGACCUCUUGCCCACGCACCGUGAAUAAUUACGACUAAGAGUCCGUGGACAAGUGGCUAACAAACGUCUCACAAUGUUUCACAUAUAAUAGAGUAGAAUCCUUAAAAGAUAAUCUCUCUUUCUCUCUCGCUCAUCCUCGUGUGUUCCCUGUUACAUUAAGGAUUGCAUGGCUUCAAAGACAGAAGCAUAUUUGAAAAAAAAAUUACAACUUUGAAGACUGCUGUGAUUUUACGACCGGCCGACUGUCUGUCAACCCUCUCGGGAAUAUCAU